AUGGAAGAAGAUACUGAUGCCAAUGAUCAUCAGAAACUUAUCAAUGCUUUCUCUCAAAAGAAUAGGAAGGACGUUAGAAGAGAAUUAGGAACUACCGGUGAAAUCUCGGCUAUUGGUGCGCCUACGGCGGCGAAUUUUUUAUCCUUAUCUCAACUGGUCAACUCGUCUGUGAAUGUUAAGAAGAGUAAAAAUCCCAAUUCAGCUAAAGCCGUAGCAGCCGAAAGAAAUGUUGAUUUUUCGGCUGUAACGAACCAGGUUUCAGAAUGGGAGCCUUUGGUAAAAUCUAAUCGACAAGCCGAAAAGUUGCUAUUUCCCCUUGACAAAGAACCUUUGACACAUUUCGCAACAGCUUCUGAUAUUUCUAAACGCGCAGCUCAGAACCCGUCGACCUUAGAGCAGCAAAUUUAUGCGACUCUUAAAGCGGCUGGAUGCGAAGCGCCGAGCAAGGAAACAGGUUUGACUGCUAAAGAAACCGCAUCAUUAGAUAAGCUGGACUAUAAUGAAGCGAUGCAGCGCUUGAAGGAGCUGAGAAGACACAGGAUACUUACCGGACAGCAACUUGCUAGAUUCAAGCGCGAAAAAUCUGUCAAAAGUAAGAAAUUCAAAAGACUGAAAACACGAUAUAAAAUGGAGAAAAUGCAGGAUGAAUUGACUUCAAAAGGUCUCAGCUCAACGUUACGUGAACGACGAAUAAUCGAACGCACAACACUCAGACACAGGGUUACCGGAAAGUGGGAUAGGAAAUUGGCUCACUAUGCGAAGCAUGAGAAAAGUACCCAAGAUGAGCUUGAGAGCAAAAGGAGAAUGAAUAAAUCACUGACUGUCAAACAAGACGACGAAGAGAUGAGUGUGGAUGAGAGCGAUGAAUCCGAAGAUGAAGAAUGGCAAGUAGUGACAAACAAACGAGGACCAAAGCAAACAUCCAAUCCCGAUUCAGAGGAAGCAUCUGGCAGCGACAGUGAGCCCCUGGUUGAUGACGUUGAAACAGAGGAAGUGAUUGAGUUUCGGAAGGAUAUAAAGGACAACGGAGAAACACCACUAGAAAUUGGAGGCGGAAUCAAGCGCAAGUUUAAAUCAGUCCAAAACCAGCUAAAUAUCAAUCCGUCUAGUUUUUUGACCUCCACGUCGCGAUCAUCUGAUGGGAAUCGUGAUAUUUUUCUAGCAACUUCUGUCAAUACAUCUGCUAUUCACGAAGCAUUUGAAGACGACGAAGAUUUGAUCGAAGAAAUGCAGGUUGAAGAGGACAAGUCUGAAAAAGAGGAAAAUAUUUGUGAUUUUGGCUGGGGAAGUUGGACUGGUCCUGGGUUAUCCACAACAAAAGAAGCUAAACUGAAAGAGUCAAAAAGUAAAAAAGAUGACAAGGCUAUGAAAAAAAAUCUGCCAAUGGGCUAUGUUGUUUUUAAUAAUGUACAAAACGAGAAGCUAGCAGAACACCAACUGAAAGUAAGAGAUGUUCCAUUUGGGUACAAGAAAUCAGAAGCUUUUGAGAGUAGUAUGAGGCAACCUAUUGGCCCGGACUUCAACACUUCAGCCUCAUUUAAGUCACUGAUUGAACCGAGGAUCCGAAAGAAGGUAGGCGUUGCAAUUGAACCAAUGGCACGAGAAGAUGAUAAGAAAGAGUCAAAAUUUACUUUUUGAUUUUGCAAUAGAUCUUUUUGCUUUACUGGUAUUUGCCUAAAUUGUAAUUCCAUGAAACUGAGUAUUAAAAAGAAGAAGUUCAUUUU